AUGACCCAGGCGAAUCUACGUAAUUACGGGGAAUUCUUCGGGUCUGUAUGUGGCUUCUUCGUGGUCGACGACUAUCUGAGACACACUCUACCCGGCUCUUCCGCCUUCUAUCAAACCUAUUUGGAUGAGCUUUGGGGAAGUACGGUCGAGCGACUCGUGGAAUUCGCUCGGUCAAAUGCCGGCGCAUGUCAAUCUGCGGAGGAUCUGAUUCGAUUGAAAGACUAUUCCAUCCUGUUCAGUCGAACCAUGCUCAGUCUCGGCUUUCCCACUGCUGGUUUAUCAGAGAUGAUCACUUGGAUUCAGCGUAGAUAUCAACGACUUUUGGCCGGUCAGUGGCGCCAAAACUUGAAAUCCGCGGAGAACGCUUUUGGAUAA